UGAUCUCCCUAUGGAUAUCUUGUUAGGUAUGUACUACCUCUCCGUUGCACAGCCCCAGUUUGACUGGGACCGAGAAGUGGUCAAACACACUUUGCCAGGUGGGGGGACCGCCAGUUUACGUAAGUUCAAAGCUAGUAGUCUGAUUGAGUUCUACGGAUGCAUGUGUGCGGCCACGUUCUAUAACUAUUAUAAGCAAAAUCCGGAGGAGGGUAUGUAUCUAGUUUAUGUCUCUGCAGUAGGUGAGCCGGUGAAAAUGUCGUCGGAGAUAGAGGGAGUAGUUGCUAAGUACCAUGAUCUAUUUGAAGAGCCGACAGAGGUUGUCGAGAGGGAGGUCGUCCACGCGAUAGAGAUUAUCCCAGGGUCUAGCAUCCCGAAGGGUAGGAUCUAUCAGAUGUUUCCAGGCAAGCUUGACGAGCUUCGCCGACAGCUCAAGGAACUCAUAGAGAAGGGAUGGAUCUGGCCGAGUGUCUCCCCUUACGGAUCGCCAGUUUUAUUUGUGCCAAAGAAGGGGGGUACGCUGAGGAUGUGCAUUGACUAUAGGAGCCUCAAUGCCACCACUGUCAAGAACCGAGAGCCCCUACUGCGCAUCGACGAUUUGCUAGAUAGAGUGCAAGGGUGUCGGUACUUCAGUAAGAUAGAUCUGAAGUCCGGGUACCAUCGGAUUGCAAUCCGGCCCGAGGAUCAACACAAAACCGCAUUUCAGACCAAGUACGGUCUGUACGAGUUUGUGGUGAUGCCUUUCGGCCUUUGCAAUGCUCCUGACACCUUUCAGCACGCUAUGAAUCGGAUAUUUCAUGACUACUUGGAUAAGUUUGUCAUCGUGUACCUCGAUGAUAUACUUAUUUUUAGUAGGACUGUCGAGGAGCAUGUUGCGCACUUAGACAAAGUCCUCAGUCUCCUUCGGCAGCACAAGUUCAAGAUCAACGGGGAGAAAUGCGAGUUUGGUCGCACCCGGAUCUUGUACUUGGGUCAUGAGAUUUCCGCGGAGGGUUUGAAGCCCGAUGACGCGAAGGUAGCCAGCAUUCGUGAUUGGCCGCGUCCUCAGUCUGUGACUAAGAUGAGGGCUUUCUUAGGGAUGACCGGCUACUACCAUAACUUUGUUAAGAACUAUAGCAUAGUGGCCGCUCCUUUGACUGACCUGACCCGCCUUGACACGCCAUGGGAGUGGGCAGACAGGUGUGAGGCUGCUUUUAGACAUCCGAAGCAUGUGUUGACACACCAUGAGGUCUUGAAGCUUCCCAAUCCUGACAAGCCGUUUAUAGUCACUACGGAUGCUAGCCAAUAUGGUAUAGGCGCCGUGCUCGAGCAGCAGGAGGGGCCAAAGUUGAGGCCAGUCAAGUACAUGUCCAAAAAGAUGCCCUCUCAGAAGUUGGCUAAGUCCACCUAUGAGAAGGAACUCUAUGCGAUCUACAAGGCGCUCACCCACUGGAGGCACUAGCUCCUUGGGAGGUUCUUCUACGUCUGGACUGAUCAUCAGACCCUAAAGUGGAUGAGGACCCAGCCUGUGCUCUCCGAUGCGCUGAAACGUUGGAUCGAAGUCAUUGAGCAACUAUGACUUCGAGCCCCAGUACAUCAAAGGUGAGUACAACAAGGUUGCUGAUGCGUUGUCGCGUAGGCCAGACUUCUCAAGUGCGCUGAUCACUGAGUUCGGGCUCGCGGACGAUGUCACUCGCUUUAUGGUGGAAGCCUAUCGUGAGGAUCAGUUCAUGGUUGAGAUCAUACGCAGACUUGAGGCGAAGGACAAGGUGUCUUCAACUGAGUUUGAGUUGGUCAACUGACUGUUGUUCCUUGAGAAGGAAGGGAAUAAACGUAUGUGUGUGCCGGAUAAAGAGUCUUUGCAUAG